CAUGUAUGCAGAUCCCUCCCUCUCCUCUCCUCUCCCUGCCUGGCUCCAGCUGCUGUGUGCUGCAGUCGGCCUACCCUGUCUGCCUUUGAGCCUGCUGGGAGUUGGAGGGAGGGAAGAAAUCGUCGAGGGAGAGCGGACAGGGGGACGCGUGUGAGAGUGUGAGGGUCCCAAACUGGAAACCACUACCAAGAAGCACACACACUCACGAUUCAGGCGGACUUUAAAGCACCACCGGACGGGUUAUUGACACUACUUUACUGAGAGAGAGCUGUGGGGAGUCGCCACAGAGACGCUGAAACUUGCGCCCCCCUCCCAACCUUGUCUUGUUCUUCUUCUGUGGUGGCAGCAACGCUGUUGCGCCGCGCGGACUGCUCUGAUACUUGAGUGGAUUCAUUGGUUGGAGCAGGAUUGCGCAUUGGCUCUGCUGUAUAUCCACCGCUUAUCCAGAGGGAAGAGGAACCAUGAAGAGCCAGACGUUUUCUUCUUCUUGAGUUAAAUCCCUUCAAAGUGUUAGUUUGUCUCGCUCUUUUCCUUUCUCUCGCGUGCGUUUUUCUCGUCCUGUUUGGGAUGCGUCGGCUGCUUUAGGAUCCCGCCUGUUGACAAACAGUUUUUACAAGAAGUUUUCAACAAGCUCGGGACACAAGAAGGCAAAAAGAUGUCUACGCCGAGGUUCAAAAAGGAUAAAGAAAUCAUCGCGGAGUACGAGAGUCAGGUCAAAGAGAUACGGGCCCAGCUGGUGGAGCAGCAGAAAUGUCUGGACCAACAGACGGAGAUGAGGGUCCAGUUGCUGCAAGAUCUCCAGGACUUCUUUAGGAAAAAGGCAGAAAUUGAGAUGGAAUACUCCAGAAACUUGGAGAAACUGGCCGAACGCUUCAUGGCAAAGACACGCAGCACCAAGGACCACCAGCAGUACAAGAAAGACCAGAACCUACUUUCUCCAGUCAACUGUUGGUACCUGCUGCUGAACCAGGUGAGGAGGGAGAGUAAGGACCAUGCGACUUUGAGUGACAUCUAUCUCAAUAAUGUCAUCAUGAGGUUCAUGCAGAUCAGUGAGGACUCCACGCGGCUGCUGAAGAAGAGCAAGGAAAUAGCCUUUCAGCUCCAGGAAGACUUAAUGAAAGUCCUAAAUGAGCUAUACACAGUAAUGAAGACCUACCACAUGUACCACUCAGAGAGCAUCAGCGCUGAGAGCAAGUUGAAGGAGGCUGAGAAGCAGGAAGAAAAGCAGAUUGGCAGGGGAGAUCCUGUCUUCAGCAUCCGAAUGGAGGACAAAUACCAGAGACGCAGCUCUGUGAAGAAGAUCGAGAGGUUGAAAGAGAAGCGUCAAGCCAAGUACUCUGAGAACAAGCUGAAGUCGAUCAAAGCACGGAACGAGUACCUGCUGACACUGGAAGCGUCAAACGCCUCUGUUUUCAAAUACUACAUCCACGACUUGUCCGACUUAAUUGAUUGCUGCGAUUUGGGGUACCACGCCAGCCUGAACCGGGCCCUGCGGACCUACUUGUCAGCCGAGUACAACCUUGAGACAUCACGUCACGAGGGUCUUGACAUCAUAGAGAACGCCGUGGACAGUCUGGACCCACGGAGUGACCGACAGAGGUUCAUGGAGAUGUACCCUACAGCUUUCUGUCCUCCAGCAAAAUUUGAGUUCCAGUCUCAUAUGGGAGAUGAGGUGUGUCAGAUAUCUGUGCAGCCGCCGGUGAAUGGAGAGCUCAUCCUGAGGUUCCAGCAGCUUCAGUCUCGCUUGGCUACUCUGAAGAUUGAGAACGAAGAGAUCAAAAAGACAUCAGAGGCCACCCUGACCACCAUCCAGGACAUGGUGACCAUUGAAGACUAUGACGUCUCAGAAUGUUUCCACCACAGCCGAUCCACCGAGUCGGUCAAGUCCACUGUUUCGGAGACGUACCUCAGCAAACCCAGCAUUGCCAAGAGGAGGGCCAACCAGCAGGAGACGGAGCAGUUCUACUUCAUGAAAUUCCGCGAGUUUCUGGAGGGCAGUAAUCUCAUCUCCAAACUUCAAGCCAAACAUGACCUGCUGAAGAGGACACUUGGUGAAGGCCACAGAGCUGACUACAUGACCACAAGGAAUCUCAAAACCAACACUGGCACCCGGCGGGCUAGACCCCGCUCUGUUUUUAAUGUUAGGUUAUUUAAUGGCAAUUUGGAGUCAUUUAUCAAGGACUCUGGACAAGCUAUCCCCCGUGUGGUUGAGAGCUGCAUUCGCUACAUCAAUUUGUAUGGCCUCCAGCAUCAGGGGAUAUUUCGUGUAUCUGGAUCGCAGCUGGAAGUUAAUGACAUCAAGAACUCUUUUGAAAGAGGAAACGACCCUCUGACGGACGAUGAAAAUAAUCAUGACAUCAAUUCGGUGGCUGGAGUUCUCAAACUUUACUUCCGUGGUCUGGAGAAUCCUCUCUUUCCCAAAGAGAGGUUCAGUGAUCUGCUGGCCUGCAUCAGAAUAGAGAACCUGUAUGAGAGAGCGCUGUACAUCCGUAAGAUCCUCCUGACUAUCCCCAGAUCAGUGCUCAUCGUCAUGCGCUACCUCUUCGCCUUCCUCAACCACCUCUCCCAGUACAGCGACGAGAACAUGAUGGACCCAUACAACCUGGCCAUAUGCUUCGGCCCCACGCUCAUGCCCACACCAGACAGCCAGGACCAGGUCUCCUGCCAGGCCCACGUUAACGAGAUCAUCAAAACCAUCAUCAUCCACCACGAGACCAUCUUUCCUGAUGCCAAAGAACUGGAUGGGCCCAUCUAUGAGAAGUGCAUGGCUGGAGGAGACUAUUGUGAGAGCCCCUACAGUGAGCAUGGAGCCCUGGAGGAGGUAGAGAACGAGGGAGGGACAGAGACACACACCAGCGAGGAUGAGGGCGAACCCAUUGAAGCCAUUGCCAAGUUUGACUACGUUGGGCGCUCUUCCCGAGAGUUGUCCUUCAAGAAGGGCGCCUCCCUGUUGCUGUAUCAGCGGGCGUCAGAAGACUGGUGGGAGGGACGGCACAAUGGCAUCGAUGGCCUGGUGCCACACCAAUAUAUUGUGGUCCAAGACAUAGAUGACAACUUCUCAGACACUCUGAGUCAGAAGGCUGACAGUGAGGCCAGCAGUGGCCAUGCUGGAGAGGAUAAAUGCUCAGGAAAAGACAUCGGCUCGCCCGCUGACACCAGGGUCUCUGAGGCCUACAUUACCAGCAGGCACAAGAAAAGAUCAGAACCACCAUCCCGGCGGCCUCCCGCCCGCCCCAGUGAUGUCCACUGCAUGGUGCAUCCCUCCCAGCACGGACAUGGAGGACAUGGAGGCACCCCUGAGAUGGGCUCCCCAGUGCUAGGUCAUUUCAGCCCACGGGACAUGCUGCGGAGUCACAACCACAUGCCCAUGGACAGCCCUGAACGACGGCGCCGUACUGGCCACGGCAGCCUGACCAACAUCAGCCGCCAUGAAUCGCUGAAGAAGUUGGAGAGCCCCCCGAUCCGCCGCUCUACCUCUUCGGGCCAGUACACGGGCUUUACUGAUGCGCACCGCCACCAUGGCGGCAAGCCCCUGGAUCCGGAGACCAUCGCACAGGACAUAGAAGAAACUAUGAACACUGCUCUGAAUGAGUUGCGUGAGCUGGAGCGGCAGAGCUCAGCCAAGCACGCCCCUGAUGUGGUGCUGGACACCCUGGAGCAACGGCAGACCUCCGGCAGCAGUGGUGGCGGAGGUCCCACACCGGCCAGCUCCAGCGACUCCCUCAGCCCCAUCCAUGGCAUCAUGCUGAGGUCCACCGCCAACACUGAGCCACCCAUCCGCCGCAGCACCAGCUCCUCCAGCGAUACCAUGAGCACCUUCAAGCCUGUGGUAGCUCCCCGUAUGGGGGUGCAGCUUAAACCCCCUGCCUUGAGGCCCAAGCCCAUGGUUAUGCCCAAGUCCAGCCAGGCAUCACAGCCUCCAGCUCCUCAGGACCCCCUGGACAAGUCCUGCACCAUGUAACGUCUGGGUCAGAACCCAGAGAAGUAAAUCGAAACCUCUCAGCCAACUUCUGGGAUCGCUUCAAAGCGCUGCCAGCGUCUAGACUUCAUAGAUGUACAUCAAAUAAUGUCUAAGAGUGUGUAAAAUACAUGAACCUGGACAGGAAACUAUAUCUCCAUGUGGGGAAAAUAAAGAGGACUGUGAGAGGGAGGCUGAUGUAGGAGUUACAAUGUAGACAGAUCUGUCAGACAAAGGUUCUGUCUCAAUAACACAUACACAGUUAUGUGUUAAUAUGCUUAGGUUAACAUUAUCUAGCAAAUGUCUUUUCCCUUUUUUUUUUCUUUUUCUUUUUUUAAAAGAAAUUCAAACAACAAAUCACAAAGGCUUCCUUCAAGAUUUUAGAAAAUGUAUACUAGUUAGUUUAGCUUACAGACAUUCGUGAACUUUGUAUCUUUGAAGAAAACACACUGCAUGUACAGUAUCUCCAGUCUACCACUGAACCUAAAGCUGGAGCUUGAUGAGAAGUGUAACUAGAUUAUGGAGCUUUUUUUUUUUUUUUGCUCUUACCUAGGAGGGCCCUUGAAGGUGUUGUGAACAGAUUGAAAGGCCUUAUUGACUUUGGAUUUGAAAUGUUAACUAUUACAAUGGUGCUGUGACUACCUGGAGAGAAAUGGUUUGAAGGUUGGACUGAUGAUGGGCCUGUAGAGCCCUUAACAACUAAUGGUACUAUGUUAAUAUGUAGUAGUACUGAUAAACAGUAUGCUUUUGUCACUAGUGUGCAAACUCUGCAACUUUUCUUGGCAAGGAAUACCAUCUGUUGUGUUUCCGAAAUGUACAAAUAUCACCUCUGUGCUGGAUUCACUCACAUUUAUUUGAAGAUAUUUCCAUAUUGCCUGGAAUGACAUAUGACCAUUGGAUACAACCACUACUUCAUUACGAACUUUGUUUUGAUUUUGAUGCAUUCUUGAAUUCCUGCCUCAAUAAGUCGUGAUGCAGGGAUAAUAUAUGCCUAAUAACCUAUGCCUUUGCAUCUGCGUAGUCUACGGGGAGCAGCGUGAAAAUUUGUGAUGAUAAAUCAUCUCUUACCUACAGUAAAUACAACACAUAUGCUAUUACAUGGUGUGGAACACAUGUCGCAGCUUCUUCUAUGCCUUGCUUGGCUCUAUCUACCCAAAGACAUGACUGUGCAAGUUAAAAGCAUGGAUGCUGACCCUCCCUAUAGAUGUAGGUAUUCUUCGUAUUGACUGAUAUGUAUAGACUCAUAGCAGCGCCCUGUGGGAGUGCUGCUGGUAGCCAUGGACCUAAUGACUGUUAGUGUUAAAGGCUCCUGAUAUGUUCACCCCGCUUUCUAUGCUUCUCUUGGUCAAAAUCUCUCAAAACAGCAGCUUGCCUUGUAUCCCUCUAGUCUGUUUUGUGUUCAGGAAAGAAUGUCGAUAGCGUUUUGUUUUUUGUUUUUUUUGUAUUGUUCUCUGACUGACACUUAGACUUCCUCUGUGGAUUGUCUGCAUUUGUGGAAGAAGUCACUUAUAAAUACCAAUCAUGUGGCAGAAAAGUCUCACAUAAUCUGGGAUGAACAGCCGGUGUCAGUCAGCUCAUGUGUGUCCUUGUUGAGUAAUAAUUUCAAAUGCAAUAGCCCCAUAAAACUGUAUGUGCCAGAGUUCCAGCUGUGUGGCUGCACCCCGUAUGUGUUUUUCAAAAAUAACCUCUGUACUGUAAUUGACAGAAGUGGGUGCAUGUCCUGGGAAUGUUUGGCUAGCAUAGCAACACACAGAAAAGACUUGGUCUGCUAUGAAUAAGCAUUGCUCUCUAACAACAGGUUUACACUAUCUUUGACUUGACAGAUAUAGUGUGUAUAAUCAAAAGAUAAUUGACUUUCUGAUUUACUAACUUUUAAUAUUUUUUGUUAUAAUUUUUAUUUUAUUUUUUUGUUUGUUUAUUUCUGGGUAGAAAUGACUUCAAACAAACUAUGUAGAUUAAAUAUCCAGAGAUACAAGUGUCCCUCCUACAGUAUGAAGCCAGUUGUAAAAAUUGUGCUUUUUUUCCACUGUGUUAACAUCAUCAACAGUAGGACUCAGUCAUGGCGUCUGUAGGCUAUAAGCUACUCUGUGGUGUUCUGUACAUCUGUAGUAUGUACUUGUGAAAGUGCCUUUGAAAAUGUUUUAGAGGAACUUCAGACAUUCUGUGCUGUUGCAUUUUCAUGUCAGAUGCUGUUUUUGAGAAAAUGCAGGGCAGAAAGAAGACACGUAAAUAAGUAAUGAUACCAUUUUCCAAACAGUUAUAUGACAGGAUUAAUAAUAAAUAAACAGCUUACCCAUUGUGACAUUGCACUUUUAUGUACAUAACUGUAUAUAUGGCAUGUAACAUCACAUAACGUUUAGUUCUUUGAGGGCUUAUACCUCCAAGGAUUUCUUUCUAAUAAAGGAAAUAGUUUGUUGAGUC